AAAACUCAAAAUCAAACAGAUUUUCUAUAGUUUGUACAAAUUUAAUCUAAUUUUAUUAUUUGAGAUAAUUAAGUUAAGAUUUUAUUAAUGGUUAAAAAGAAAUUUUGAGCCUUUGUUUACUUUGUCAAACUUCUUCAUAAACAAAAAGCAAUCAACGUGAAGACUGAGUGGGAGGGAAGAGCCAGUUGGAUAAAAGAAAACGUUUACUGGCAAAAUGUUAACGUGCUCAUUAUUCAUUGGUUGCCCGUAAACUAGAGGGUUUACUAGUAAGCCGUACGGAAUUUAAUCUCAUGGCGAUCUUUGCCUAUAAAAACCUAAGCCCUCGCAAAAUUUUAGCAAGUGUCCCCACAAAUACAUUCACUCACACCAUGGCUUCUACUAACCAUUUCCAAUGCAUUUUCUUGGCCUUUCUCUUUGUCUUGGGAGUUUUGUCCUCUCAAGCUUCCUCUCGCACUCUCAACGAACAAACCAUACUGGAAAUACACGAGCAAUGGAUGACACGGCAUGGACGUGUUUACAAGGAUACCGAAGAAAAGAAUGCACGGUUUCAGGUAUUCAAGGACAAUCUCCAACAUAUAAAUGCCUUUAAUGAAGGUGUAGACCGAGGAUACAAGCUUGGUGUGAAUCAAUUUGUAGACCUGACCAAUGAGGAGUUUCGUGCUUCUCAUACUGGUUACAGCAGGCAGCCAACCAAUGAGACAUUUGUCUCAAAACCAACAUCUUUUAGGUAUGCAAAUCUAACUGAUGUGCCAACAACCGUCAACUGGCAAAAGGAAGGUGCAGUUACUCCUGUCAAGGACCAAGGCCAAUGUGGAUGUUGUUGGGCAUUUUCAGCAGUGGCAGCUGUGGAAGGUAUAUACCAAAUUACAACCAGGAACCUAAUAUCACUGUCUGAGCAAGAGCUCGUUGAUUGUAAUGUUGAUAGCCGUGGUUGUAGUGGCGGCUCAAUGGAUACAGCCUUUCAAUUCAUCCAACAAAACAAUGGUCUCACAUCAGAAGAUAAUUACCCUUACAUUGCACAAGAUAACACUUGUGACAGCACCAAAACAGCAACCUCUGUAGUCCAGAUAACUGGGUACAAUUAUGUGCCAUCUAGUAAUGAGCAGGCUCUUCGGCAAGCUGUGGCCCAGCAACCGAUUUCUGUUGCCAUUGACAGUAGUGGACAGAACUUCCAGCUUUACUCAAGUGGCGUCUUCGCUGGGCCGUGUGGAACCAAUCUUGACCAUGCUGUCACUAUAAUUGGAUAUGGAACUACUACUGAUGGGACUAACUACUGGUUGGUUAAGAAUUCAUGGGGCUCUAAUUGGGGUGAAAAUGGAUAUAUGAAGAUUGAAAGAGAUGUUGUUGCGGAAGGUCGAUGUGGCAUUGCUUUACAAGCUUCUUAUCCCACUAUGUGAAAGAACGAGGAUAUUAGUGUCGUAUUUAGCAUUUGUUGAGUUUGCAAUAUAAAUAAUAAAGUUGUUCAUCUCUCUUUCUAAUAGUUUAUACUAUUAGAUGAGUUGAUGGUGAACAUCUUAAUUCUGAUAUUUAAAUUAGGAAAUAGAUUUCUAUUUGAAAUUCACGAUUUAUUUUAUGGGGUAUGUUCAAGAUGUGAUAUAAAGUUAUUCCUCUCUCUCUAAAUGUCUAAUCUUUUAGACGAGUUGGUAAAUAAUAAUUUCAUAAUUUUUUUUGUCUAAACUUUAUGUAG